AUGGGUGACGUGGAUUUGAAGCACGAGAGACCCAAUCCUUAUGCUCCUCCGCCGCCAAAUCCUAUCCACCGUAUGCCGCCAGCCGAGACCCCUCCGUUACACAGCUAUCAUCAUCCCCAUCAUCAUCCUCCGCCUACUCCAGGGCCAGCUAUGCCACCGCCUGCCCCGGCGUGGAAUCCAACUCCUUCGCCCUACAAUGACCACCCAGACCAUCGCCCUCCUUCAGACAUCUCGCAUCAGCCUCCGCCCUACCCAGCUCCUCCUCAACCCUACGCGCCUCCUCCGCCGCCGCCGCCGCCGCCUCCUCCUCCGGGGCAGGAGACUCCAGGUUAUCCUCCGGAUCCAGCUGCUUACGGACGCCCUGGCAGCGUCUCAGGCCCAUCGAGAUCUCCGGCCGACGUCCACCAACCGCAAUAUCAAUCGCCUCAGUAUCAGUCUGUGAGUAGUCAACCUCACGAACCUCCCUACUAUCCCCCAACCCCUGCGGACUACAGACCGCGUCAUGUGUACUCCGCUCCCGAAAGCCAGCCAAACGGAUCUCAUCAUUCUCCGCUUCACGUUGUGACUGGCCAUGAAAUGAUGCCCGGUCAGCCUGCCGGGCCACCUCCGCAGUACGGUCCUCCCUCGGCGGGGCCGCCUCCACCGCCGCAGGGCAACUAUUAUUACGAUCCAUACGGUGCGGCACAAAGGCGCAAGCCCAUCCGAGCAGCACAAGCGUGCGAUUCUUGUCGCCAGCGAAAGGCGAAAUGUGAUGAAGGUCGACCGGAGUGUCAACACUGCAAGGACAACGGCUUGAAGUGCUCCUACAGGGAGAUUCCGCCUCAGAAAUCGGAGAAACAAGCUCUUGCAAUCACCACGACGUUGGACUCUUUCACCGAGACUAUGACACGAAUGGUGAAGGCCCAGGACGAAAAGAUCGAUCUCCUGGUCACAGUCAUUGAGGAUAUGCGUACAGCCCUAGCAGGGGCACGAGAAUCCAAGACACCGGAUGAGCAGAAACAGCGUCCUGCUGGAUCAUCGAGAGCGUCCAUGCCGAACGAUACUACGUCCACUUUCCACCGGGGAACAAGUACUGAAGCAGCUUCCGCGCCGCAAGGUGCCAGCCAGUCCUCGAGACCGGAUCUCAAGGCCCGCCGUUCCAAUGAUGAGACGGAUCCGAUGGACUUUUCGAUGCCGUCUAAGCAUACCACGGCCGCGCAAAAUCUGCUCUCUUGGCCUUCAAUUAGGGCGCUCGUCCCCAGGGGCAUCCCGUCGACGUUUGUGGGCGACAAGGAAGUUGCUCGGGGGCUUUUACGGUUAUAUGGAUGCGGUGAGAGCGAUGACGCAGACAAUGAUGGUGAGGAUGCUGCAAGUCCAGGGAUAAGCACGUCGUCAGAUGGUCGGCGGGUGGACGAGGACGUCGCAUCAUCACCUUACGGAGUCUGGAGCAGCGGCCAAGUCAAUCAGUCACGGGCACUGAAUCAAAGCCUGUCCACUCGCGAGCACCCCGGCAGCGUUAGCCCUCAUGGAGGGUUGAUGCUAGAUUCCGACGCCGUGGAUCGCUAUUUCAAAAGCUAUUUGGAUAACAUCCACAUCCUGCAUCCCUUUCUCGAGCCCAAGGUCGUGCGCGAAAUGAUUGAGAAAUUCAAACGGAACUAUAGCUGGGACUAUCGGGCCACGCAAUCGGUGCCAACAUCCGGAGGCACCAAACGGAAACGAGAGACAACCGAUUCGCCAACUUCCAUGCAAGAGCCCAACACGCAGGGACCCAUGGGCAAUCGCGUCUCCGCGCGUGGGACAAUCCCUUCCAGCUCGCGCCGCAUUCAGCAUAAUGUCCGCAAUGCCAUAGUGCUACUUGUGAUGGCACUGGGAAAGGUAACUGCUCAUCGAGCUCCCCUGCCAGGUCCGGCGCCGGCGACCAACAUACGAAAUUCGACGCCGUAUAAUAACACACUAUAUUCGGAUUUGCCCAUACCACCUGUGCCAAUGUCGGCUCCCACAUCCCCCUUCAACAACCAAGCCGGUGUCAAUGGAACAAACAGCGGAAAGUUUCCCAGCCCGGCAUAUCCACGAGGCAAAAACAUGGACAUCAUCCCGGGCCUUGCGUAUUACAACAAGGCUACAGCCAUUCUGGGCGAGGAGCCAGGUGGCCAUACCAUCUUGCAUGUUCAAGCCUAUCUUUUGGCGGGAUUGUACAUGGGGCAGCUGGCGCGCAUCAUUCCCAGUUACGACUUCAUCAAUAGAGCCUGUGUGGCAACUCAGAUCCUCAUCGAGUCGACGGACUACGUGCAACAAACAAUGGAGCCUGCUCUCCGAAACUUGGUCAACUUUGCCUUUUGGUCAUGCUUGCAACUGGAGAGCGACAUCGCGGCGGAGAUGCUUCUUCCGUUGAGUGGCAUUACCCGUUAUGAAAGCUCCCACCAUAAAGAAAUGCCCACCAAGCUUACUCUGGAAGCCAUUCCUGAGACCAGCGACGAGGAAGAUAUCUUGCGUUAUUACUCGUACCAGAUUCAGCUGAGGUUGACGAUGAACAGUAUUCAUUCGACGUUAUACCGUGCUUCGAAAGACCCGCAAUCUAAACCAAGUUCCACCAUCAUGUCGAUUUUGGACGAGAAUCUAGAAGACUGGCGAAAGAUGCUCAAUGAUUGGGAUUGGGACGACCAGGACCACCAAAGUCCCAACAUCAACGUCGCGCGGAUGCGAGGCAAGUAUUAUGGGGCGAAAUACAUAAUCUGGAGGCCGGCCGUGCAGUACGCUCUCCAACAGGCGGAGGUUGCGCACCGAGAGCGAACUUCAGAAUCACCCGCCAGCUACGGCUUGGGAGGUGAGUUUGCUUCGCCUUCGGGGUCGCAACGCGCCGCCCCUGGGUGGUCGAUCAAUGAUCCGAGUCCGGAGAUGGAGGAAUUGCUCCGUGGCGCCAAAACGUGCGUCCAAGCUGCCAUUCGGAGUACAACCGUCUUUGACAAAGUCCCUCGCCGGCUUGUCGUGACCAACAUUUUUGGCACGGCUCAUGCGCAAUUUGGGAAUAUGCUCGUCCUCUAUGCUACAUUUACCUCGCCACACCCACGCCUCAACUGCCUCGUGGACGAGGGCACUCUCAAACGGCUACACGAUCGUACCAUCAGCAUUCUACGGGAGAAUGAGAACAUCUCACCUAUUCUGGCCAAGGACUGGAAAAUUCUGGAACAUGUGCGAAAUAAAGUGUUUCCGUCCCAUGCAAAUAGGUCGCAAGUGGCCCCCAGCACCUCUUCCAGCUUUUCCAGCCGGUGA